AUAUAUAAAAGUUUUAAAAAGUAAGCAAUUUUUGAUGAAAAGUGAAAACCCUCUCAGUAAAAGAGAAGGAACUAAAAACCCCUGAUAGAAACCCUUCUUCUUCCGGGGGCCGCCGUUAUCAACAAUUUUGUCUUUCGGAGAUCGUUGCUACUUUUAAUAACUGAAGUAAACUUCCUUCGGAACAUCAAAGCUUUUAUUUUUAUUUGUAAUUUUUCUUUUUGUGUCGAAGCAUGGAGAAGGGAACUUCCUUUUUGUUUGCUGGCAUCACUUUCAAUAAGAAGAAGUUUGCCACCGAUUUUUCCCGCUUCAAGGAGAAAAAAAAAUGUAAUGAUAAUGCUCAAACCGAUGAUUUGAGAUUGCUCGAAGCUGGAAAAUCAGAACCAGAUCAAGUGCACGUCUCUGUUAAGAAGAGGAAGCGAAAAAAUGUUGCGUCUUCAGAAAAGGUGGAGGGUUUUAAUGUCUUUAAGAGUUCAAAGUCUGUAGCUUUACCAAGUAAUCAACAGAAUGAUCAAGAUGAAAUAGAUCAGCCUUUCAGAAAGAAUAAGGAAUUAAACAAGCAAAUUGAGAGUGAUGCUCUUCUAAGGAAGCACUUUCAUAUUCACGUGUCUGGGAAUAAUAUCCCAUCCCCACUUCAGAAUUUUUCGGAGUUAAGUUCAAGAUAUGGAUGUGAGUCAUAUUUAUUACACAAUUUGGUAGAACUUGGAUUUAAGGAGCCAACUCCAAUCCAAAGGCAGGCUAUUCCAGUCCUCCUAUCUGGCCGAGAAUGUUUUGCUUGUGCUCCAACGGGUUCUGGGAAAACCUUGGCUUUUGUGUGUCCAAUGCUUAUGAAACUUAAGCAUUCGUCAAAGGAUGGUAUCAGAGCUGUUAUCUUGUGUCCUACACGAGAAUUAGCUUCUCAGACGACUAGAGAGUGCAAAAAAAUGGCUAAAGGAAAUAAAUUUCGUAUUAAGUUAAUGACCAAAGAACUUGUGAGAACUAAAGAUCUUUCGAGGCUACCAUGUGAUAUUCUUGUAUCAACACCACUUCGGUUACAGUUAGCCAUCCGCAAGAAAAAGGUGGACUUAAGCAGGGUUGAGUAUCUUGUUCUGGAUGAAUCUGAUAAGCUAUUUGAGCUUGGCUUGUUAAAGCAGAUUGAUUCUGUAUUCAAAGCAUGCUCCAAUCCUUCAGUAAUACGUUCAUUGUUCAGUGCUACUUUGCCUGAGUCUGUUGAGGAGCUUGCACGCACAAUAAUGCAUGAUGCUGUUAGAGUAAUUGUUGGCAGGAAGAAUGCUGCUUCUGAAACAAUUAAGCAAAAGCUAGUUUUUACUGGAAGUGAAGAAGGGAAAUUAAUUGCACUUCGUCAAAGCUUUGCAGAGAGUCUGAACCCACCAGUAUUGAUUUUUGUUCAAAACAAGGAACGAGCAAAUGAAUUAUACGAGGAACUGAAAUUUGACAGUAUUAGAGUUGGGGUUAUCCAUUCUGAUUUGCUUCAAACUCAGCGUGAGAUUGCUGUUGAUGACUUCAGAGCUGGAAAUUCAUGGGUCUUGAUUGCCACUGAUGUUGUUGCCCGUGGUAUGGAUUUUAAAGGUGUCAAUUGUGUGAUAAAUUACGACUUCCCAAAUUCUGCUGCUGCAUAUAUUCACAGGAUUGGUCGAUCUGGCAGAGCAGGGAGGACUGGAGAAGCUAUUACUUUCUAUACAGAAAAUGAUGUUCCAGUUUUGCGAAAUAUAGCCAAUGUAAUGACAGUUUCUGGCUGUGAGGUUCCAUCUUGGAUCAUGGCUUUGCGUAAGGUGAAGUGGAGGAGGCACUGUCCACAAAGAGAUUCAAUUUCAACAAAACCAAAAGACCAGGAUGAUUAAAACAGUCAAUAGAACAAAACUUUGUUUUUAUUUGCAUUUUAUGAUUGUCUUGUCAGAGGAUAUUUGAACUUGAGGAAAUAUUUGUUCGCAUCUUUCUGAAUUAAUGGCUGAUAAUUUUUCCUUUUAA